AUGACGACUCGACUCACAGCCGCCGAGUUGAAGCGGUUUCGCGCUUUCCUCGACGCCUCUAUCGAUCGCGGAGAACAUGGUCCUUCCUCCGACGACGCUAAUGCCAACACUGGGACAAGCUGCGUACGCAUCUCGGGGUUAACGGCAUGUCCACGGGCCUCCAGCACCUCGAUCAACUUGUUGAAGACAUUAUCCAAGGCAAGUCGAGGGUCGGCUGCAGGGCCCGGUUGUGAUUUUGCCCGCCGCACCCGCGACCAGGGACUCCGCGGGACCGUCCAACAGUCACCCUCUUCGGCUAAGAAACCCGCGACGUCCUCCAAGAAGGCCUCUAAACGGAAAGCUAGCAGCGACGACACUGCCAUCAAGUUAUCCUCCAUGAAGCCGCGCUCCAUCAAGAAGUUGACAGCAUCGACGCUUCCAUCGUAUGGCUUCGCCAAGCUACUAGAGGUGAAUCCCAACGCUCCCCGAGUCGUACGAACCGCUAUCGCUAUUGUCCUUCACAAGACAGAAGAAGGCGGCAAGACGCCCUGGCGCCUGGCGUACCCUUGGUCGGGUCGACCACUCCGGUACGAUCCAGCUGACGAUCGGGAUGUCCAUCGAGAGCACGGGCGGUUUUGGAUUACUCACCGACGCGCUUUCUGGAAGUGGCCCUCUCAAAUCGAGCUCAGCCCAGUCCAAUCGCCAAAAGCUGAAAAUGCGGGCACCUCUCGCUCGUCUGUCCUUCACGAGCGUUUGUAUCGAGACUUGGGGCUUUUACGCGUUCCUCGAGAAGCUGGAGAAGCGCCCCGAAAUGUUCUGGUUGGGAGGCCAGCCCGUCAAGUCCCCACGCGGCGGUCGUCAACCCCAAUGACCCAUCGCCGAGGAUCUCGCUGUCCUCCACGAUACGGAUCAGGCCAGAUACGAGCCCUGAAUCCCAAGGCCAUCGCGAAGAACCGUCUCUCCAUGACUGCGUUGGCACGCAUCCGGCAAGAUCUCACGUCUGGAACCAAACUCAAGACGUCGUGA